GGAUUCUUUACUUGAAAGCGCUCGAAACCAAUUCAUGCCAGACCCGAAGUUUUGAAGUGAAGGCAAGCCGUAACUAUUCCUCUCUCUAUUUUCCAAAGCAGCUAUGGGUGAAACGUCGACGGAGAAGAAUCCGUUUGGUACUGUGACUUAUCUGUCCGUAACACUACCAAUACCCAUUGCCUUGGCUUAUUUGCUUUCCAUACUUUACAACGUCACAUUUUUUAUGCAAUUCUUUUGUAUGCCAUAUUUUCUGAAAUCACUGGGAAUUUCGGAUACUGAAAAUGGCUAUGUACAGACAGCAUUUGGCUUGCUACAAAUGUGUGGGGGACCGCUAUUCGGCUAUGUCAUACAAAAAUUUGGGAUUCGCAAGUCAUUGCUUAUCUGCUACGGGUCUACAAUGCUUUCGGGAUUUCUCCUCUAUUUUUCCUAUGAUCUUCCAACAGUACUCUUGAGUCGAAUUCCGUGCAUCUUUAUGCAUGGUCAGCAAGCGCAUCAGACAUUGCUUUCUGCCAUGACUACGCCAGGAAAGGAGCGAACUAAUGCGUUUGGAAGGAUGGGGCUCACCUUCGGUCUCGGUUUCCUCAUAACCCCAUUACUUUCUAUCAUCGCCACAAAGAUGUUGAAUGAAAGCGCUCCAAUAAUACUUUCUGCUAUUCUUUGCAUCGUUCCCGUUGCCGUACUGGAAUACCUGCUGGAUAAAAGGUCUUACGAGGAGCACCAACUGGAAGUCACCGAAGAAUCUAGUAACCAUAUGAGCAUCACUAAUGUUAUUCGUAUUCUAAAUCGACCCGGAGUGCUAAAUAUUAUGUUCAAGAAAAAUGCUCCUAUUGUUCCUAUGCUUCUUAUAUUCUCUAUCAUGCAGCUUUACCUCAUCGAUCAAUUUAAUGCUGAUGCCCAAACUGGACAACUAAUACAGAUGAUGACAGGCAUAUGCAUAAUGUGCAGUAACGGUUUUGGUGUUAUCUGGAUGCGGAGAAGGUUUACAGAACAGACUCUACUCCUCAUAGGAAUGAUUUUCUUCUCUGCCGCUUUUCUCCUAUUCUUCUUCUUCCACCGGUUAUGGAUGAUAGUGGUCAUCAUGCCGUUUAUCUCAUUUGGAAUGAGCCUUGUCGCCACAGUCGCUGACAGUCUUCUCACCGCACUUGUAGCUGAAAAUGAACAGGGUCUGGUGCUCGGCAUUGCCACCUCCUUCAACUCCCUGGUUCGAACGUUUGCCCCGGCAAUCGCAGGAACUAUCUUGGACACAUUUGGUUUUUCAUCAUUUGCACUGAUAGGCUCACUUUCAACCACUGUUGGCCAUAUGGCUAUAUUUUUGUUCCCUCUAAGGGAAACUUUACUCAGGAAAUCAAAGUCUGAGUAAUCUUUGCUUCUGUUUGUUAUCAAAGUGCAUCUACUAUUACCUCUCGAUAUUCGCUGUAC